AUGAGUUCCUCUCUUCCUCUCGUGGUGUCCUUCCUCGCGUGCUGCGUGGCAGUGACGGCUGCGAUCACACCCGUGGAGCGUGCCUUUGAGCAAUAUUUGAAGGACGCCGAUUUUGGCAAGAGCUACAAAGACCCUGUGGAGAAGCAGGCACGCUUUGAGGCCUUUUUGGACAACUAUGAGUAUAUCCUGCGGGAGAACUCCAAGGGUCAUUCUUACACUUUGGGCUUUACAUACUUCACCGACAUGAGCGUCGAGGACUUCGAGACCAGUCACUUUGGGAUGAAGCCGAGGAAGCCGAGCGCGGCGAGUCGAUCGAAGCACGUGGUGAGGAACGUCUCGUUGCCCAGCUCCGUGGACUGGAGAACCGAAGGUGCGGUGACCGCCGUGAAGAACCAGGAGCGGCAGUCCCGUCCCACGCGAGGUAGUACAGGCGCUUUGGAAGGUGCUUGGGCAAUUGCUACCGGUAAGUUGGAGUCUCUAUCGGAGCAGCAGCUGGUGGAUUGUUCCAGCAGCUUUGGGAACGAAGGCUGCAAUGGUGGUGACAUGGAUGACGCUUUUCAGUACGAAGAGGAAAAUGCGGUGUGUACUGAGCAGAGCUAUCCUUACACGGCGACAGGUGGAAUUUGCAACUCUUCCAGCUGUACCGUUGGAAUUCCUCGUGGAAGCGUCACUGGCUAUGUGGAUGUGGAGGCUGAUGAUGAGGAGGCCCUGAUGGAUGCUGUAGCUCAGCAGCCUGUGUCAGUAGCCAUUGAGGCAGACAAGAGGGCUUUCCAAAACUACAAAAGUGGGGUGCUCAGCAAGGUUUGUGGAACAUCAUUGGACCAUGGAGUCUUGGUGGUGGGUUAUGGCACAGAAUGGGGCCGGCCAUAUUGGUUGGUCAAGAACAGCUGGGGUAGUUUCUGGGGUGAAGAUGGCUAUGUGAAGCUGGAGCGUGGCAAGCCGGGGGGCCGGGGAGUGUGGUGUGAAGUCCGAAGCCUCCUACCCAGUGGUGGCUGGUGGCCCUGCGCCAUCUCCACCACCAUCCCAUGCGCACUACGGGAAGCCUCCGUGCCUGGACGAUGA